UAGUCCAGAAUUAAAUAAACUUAGUGCUAUAGUAUGGCAGAAUAUCCUGAGCAUGGGGAUUUAAAAUUAGACGAUUCCGAUGUUUCUGAAGCGAAUACGUCAAAAAGAAGUACCACCUCUUUGCAUGAAGAAAGUUUUGAUGAAAAACCAGGUUCUUCAAAAUUAAAAAGAAAGUUUGGUUCACCAUCAGGACCUCAAGAAAGCCCAAGCAAAGGAGACAAAAAUACAUCAAUUUCAUCGAAAGAAUCACCAAAAAAAGAUCCUACGUCAGCACAACAGGCAACUGCUGAUGAAAUAUUAUCAGCGAAACGAAAAAAAGAAAAAUCAGGAAGAGUUGAAAGAAUGAAAAUGCAGCGACUUGUAACAGCGUUCUCUGAAGACCAAUUAAACAGAUAUGAAAUGUACAGACGUUCAUCGUUUCCAAAAGCUUCAAUAAAACGAUUAAUGCAAUCCAUCGCUGGAUGCACAGUAUCGCAAAAUGUGGUGAUAGGUGUUGCUGGAGUGUCUAAAGUUUAUGUCGGUGAAAUCAUGGAGAUAGCACUUGAUGUUAUGGAGCAACAAGGGGAAACGCCUCCAGUAAAACCGAAACAUAUUCGUGAAGCAAUCAGAAAAUUAAAAGCCAGGAGAACUUUCCCGUUUUCUAAACUAAAGACUAACCCAUUAUGAUGCCUGUAUUUGAAUUGUUUUGCGAAUACUGCUGGAUGUAUUAGAAACACAGAAGGCCGAAUCCUACCAAGCCUGUCCUGAAUGGCUUUUCUGGUUGAGAGAUGGGUACAUUGCUGUCAUUUUUCUAUCAAAAUCAUGGAAAAAUGGACUUUUGU